AUGCCUUCUCAGCUCGAGAACUCGGAUCCUGUAGCCAAUGAAGGGGCGGCAAUCCACAUUACAACCCCAGGCGAAGAGAGCGGAGGUACCACUCCGACCACCGUCUCCAGCGAUUAUGGCCAUUACGAAGGACUGGUCGGUUCGUACCGACUCAACCAUGAUGCCGACAUUUUGGCAGACGAGGAUGACCAUUCGCAGGCCUACGAUGAAUUUGACCUUGACGGUUAUGAAGAUUGCGACUUCAAUGAUUACGACCCUCGCCAUGCCACAGGAUAUGUUGAUACCAAUGUCGAGCAUGAUGAACCCUCCAUGUUCGUCGAAGGACACAACGAAGAACUUGCGCAGGGCAAUCACACCCGCCCUGUCUCGUCUGAAGAUGCCCAACUCCCCCGCCAGCCUCUUGCCGCUAAACGCAAGCGAUCUGCCGAGGACGGCGGUCCCGCGCCCCUCAAUUUGGCCACCAGCAACAAGCGUCGUGCACUCGACAGCAGCAACGACGACAUCAACAUCGAGGAGGAGCGUGAGGCUUUGGAGGGGCUCGCCAAGGCAAUGAGCAGCCCAAGAUUCGAAAACUUGCCCAGAUUGGGCCAGAGGGUCAGCGAGAUCCACGACGAGGUGGGCAUGGCCAUGAACAGAGUCGACCACCUGGAGGAGCACCACGUCGAGGACCUCGCCAACGAGCUUGAAGCCAUCAAGGUCCUGAUCUUCGACCUGGAGGACAAGCUGGAGGACCGGCUUGAGCGCCGGCUGGAACGUUCAGCGUCCCUAAUGAUUGAUAUGAUGUCUCCCAAGUUGCGAGCUCAGUAUGACCGGCAGAGCGAGAUGGAGGAGCUUCUCGCCAAGCACAAACGACGUAUGGAGGAUCGCCUCGCGGAGCACUCCGAGGAGAUCAAGGCGCCUCUUCAGAAGCACAUCGAGCACAGCAAGCUCCUGAAAAUUCACUCGGAGAUGCUCGCGGACGGCUUCGGCGGCGAGUAA